AUGUCUUGGAAGUGUGCGUUGUGUGGUAAAACAGUGUAUUUUGCAGAAAGAAAACAAGCUGAUGGAAAAGAUUGGCAUAACAUUUGUUUUAAUAAAUAUUAUAAACAAAAAAGAGAAGAAGAAAGUUUAACCCUAUAUGGAAAAUAUUCUGAUACAAAAAAAUCUGUUGUUGGACAACCUGGAAAAACUAAAAAAUGUCCUGAUUGUGAAGCUGAAGUUGAAGAAGGUACACGUUUUUGUACUUCUUGUGGAUACAAAUUUGAAUGA